UGUCAUGAAGGAGCUUGUCUCUGAGUCUCCACUCCCCCCAGCUCACAAAGGCUGCUGGAGGGGGUGAGAGACACGAGGCAGAGCUGACACGGAUUGAGACAAACUGGGACAUUGCUAUUACUGAGAGCCCAUGCAAGAAACAGGUUACAAAUGAAGGCGGUGUCAUUAUUCAAUGUAGUACCAACCUGAUAAAUCACAGGUAGUGAUGCCCCUCACAGGACUGAGUAAGAAUCAGCACACACAAAGUAAUUAUUUAUACCCAGAGCCACUGAGAAUCUUUUGAAUCCUGCUCUGAGAAUGAGAGAAGAAAAAAGCUGCUGAUUUUUAACCAUAUCCGACAGUUAAGAAAAUUCAGACACAGGAGGUCUGUAAAUUUGCUGCCAUCUUGUGACGUUAAUAUGAUGGUCCCUGGAAUCUCAUCUUUCAUAACUGUAUUCUCUCUUCUUCUUCUAUCCAUUUCUACCUCUGAUCUCCCCACAUUUGAGCUGAUCCCACGCAGGAUAUUGCCUUUGACCCCUUCUCAUUUCACUGCUCUUGAUGCACCAGAGCUGAGUACAGUAUGUACAGAGAGAUGUGCCUUUCAAGAGUCACAGACUGAAGCCCAAGCCACGACACAUAAGCUAGACUUUGAAACUGCAUAUUAUAACGGGAGUCGUACAUUGACAACUGUUGCAUUGCGAGUAAGACAAAAUGACAAGGAGCAUUUAGAAAGAAGAACUCAUUCAGUACGCACUCGAAGGCAAAUAUAUGGUCCAGACAUGCGCUUCUCCAUACAUAAUCAACGUUAUCUAAAGGAUUUCCCCUUUGCUACAGCUGUACGUAUAUCAACAGGAUGUACAGGAGUGCUGGUAACUGAACGGCAUGUACUGACUGCUGCUCACUGCAUCCAUGAUGGCCAGGACUAUGUUAAGGGUGCAAAAAUGUUGCGUGUAGGCUUUCUGCGACCAGUAGCCAAAUCUUCCCUGCGUUGGGUGCGUGUUCAAUCAACAAGAGUUCCACGUGGGUGGAUAGGAGCACCUAUUGAAGCCAGCAUGGAUUAUGAUUAUGCUGUUUUGGAGUUGCGCAGGGCUCAGCCCAGGCCUCACAUGCGUUUAGCAGUCACCCCACCUCUUAAAGACCUGGCUGGGAAGCGGAUGCACUUCUCUGGUUUUGACAGUGAUAGACGUGGGGAACUAGUUUAUCGAUCAUGUCUUGUAGAACAGCAGACAGAGCAUCUUCUUUAUCAGCACUGUGAUGCACAGCCAGGUGCAAGUGGCUCAGGGGUUUAUGGACGGUUGUGGGACAAAGGUCGCUGGGAAAGGAAAGUCAUUGGUGUGUUCUCUGGUCAUCAGUGGGUGGAGAUAUCUGGAGAGCCAAAGGAUUAUAAUGUAGCAGUUAGACUAACCCCAUUAAAAUAUGCCCAGAUAUGCUACUGGAUUCGAGGGUCCAGUUUUAAUUGCCAGAAUGAAUGAGUUGACUCAAUGACCAAGCAGAUCAUUCAGCACAGGCAAACAACCUUUAACAAGCACCUUAUUCUGAUUGGAUAAUUAAAUGUCUUGGAAUGUUUUCUUACAAGGGGUUUAAAGUAAUAUGCACAUCUUACACCAACCUUAUGUAUUUAGGUGGGGAGAUUUGAAACAUAUUGUGACUUUAAAGUAAAAAAGUUAAUGUGAACCUGUAUCCUAAAAGUAAAUAGGAUUUUAGAACUAAUAUAAAGAAAACAAUAAGCAAUCAUCAGUAAUACAUUUAAAGUAACACUAUCCAACAAAGGGCUAGAUUACAAGUGGAGCUCUAUUUAUCUCUCCUAUUUGUGGGUUAACUGCACUAGAAGUAAGCUUUUUGCAGGUGUCUUACAAGUUAAAAGUAAUACAUUUUUCAUUGCAUGCUAACCAUGAUUUGCGCAAAAAGCUGGUUAGAAUAUCAUGACCGCAUUAACGUAUUCCUCCAUAGACUUCAGUGGAACAUGAAAAGUGCACUCCUCCUCUUUCUGACCAUCAUCUCCUCACUUGCAACAUCACAUCCCUCCCUACAACUCUCCCUCCUUCUACCCCUCACACCAAACUUCACAGAAGCAUUAUGUCAUUAGAUCAGCAACAGCUCGCUAGUUCUCUCAAACCUCUCUUCUCUUUCAUCCCCUCUUUUUCCUGCCCUGACCAAUCUAUCCGCGACUAUAAUUCCACCCUUACAUCGGUCCUUGACAAUCUGGCCCCUACUACUAUAGCUCGGAAAUGACACACUCAUCCUCAGCCCUGGCACACUCCUCUAACAUGGUACCUACGCAGAUGUUCCCAUACUGCUGAGUGGCACUGGAUAAAAUCUCAGAGUUCAGCUGACUUUCUUCACUACAAGUUAAUCUUGAACUCCUACUAUUCAGCCCUUAAUCUUUAUAAGCAACACUACUUCUCUACUCUUAUGUCUACUCUUUCUUUAAAACCAAGAGUCUGUUCUUCACUCUUCUCCGCCCGCCCCCACCUCCUAAUACAACUUCUCUCUCAGCUCAAGAUUUUACCAGCCACUUCAAUAACAAAAUCGACUCCAUCAGAAAUGAAAUGAGCUCUCAACAUACUACCAGUCUCCCACCCCCUCAAAAGUUUGCAAUCAUCCAAAACCCACAUAGCCAUAAAUGUAGCUAUUUCACCCCUGUUACUGAGGAAGAAGUUUCUGCACUUAUUAUUAUGUGCUCUCACCUCACUACCUGUCCCCUCGACCCCAUCCACAUACAUCUACUCCCCUCCAUCUCUACUACCCUUACCUCUAUACUCACACACAAUUUCAACCUCUCCCUCAGCACCGGUAUAAUUCCCUCACCUCUAAAACAUGCGCUGGUCACACCUAUCCUCAAAAAAUCUUCUCGCGAUCCAACAUCCCCACCCUACUACCGCCCUAUUUCCCUACUCCUUCUUGCCUCAAAGCUUCUUGAAAAGCUAGUAUAUGCACGCCUAUCCCAUUUCCUUACAUUAAACUCCCUCCUUGACCCACUGCAAUCUGGAUUUUGUCCCAUCACUCCACAGAGACAGCAAUCGUUAAGGUUAACAAUGACCUACUUACAGCAAAAUCCAAAAGCCACUUCUCUCUGCUUAUAUUCCUUGAUCAGUCUGCAGCCUUUGAUACUGUUCACCACCCUCUUUUGCUCCAAACCCUCCAAUCCUUCAGCAUUUGUGACACAGCCCUCUCGUGGUUCUCUUCCUACCUGUCUAACCGUACCUUUAGUGUAGCCUUCUCUGGGGCUUCCUCUGCCUCGUUACCACUUUCUGUUGGGGUACCACAAGGCUCUGUCCUUGGUCCCCUUCUCUUCUCAAUAUACACGUCAUCAUUAGGUUCCUUAAUAAAGUCCCACCAGUUUCAAUAUCAUUUGUAUGCUAAUGACACCCAAAUCUACCUCUCUGCACCAGACCUAUCUCCUUCCUUGCUAGCCCGUGUCACCAACUGUCUUUCUCACAUCUCAUCCUGGAUGUCGACAACUCCAUCAUUACCCCUACCCCGCAUGCCCGAUGUUUCAGGGUCACAUUUGACUCAGAUCUUUCUUUCACUCCUCACAUUCAGUCCUUGGCUAAAUCCUGCCGCUUUCCCCUUAAAAACAUAUCUAAACUUAGUCAUUUAUUUACAUAAGACACAACUAAGAUUUUAAUCCACUCUCUCAUCCUUUCCUUCCUCGAUUACAGCAACUCCGUCCUCUCUGGUCUCCCUAGCUGUCACCUAGCUCUUUUACAAUCCAUAAUGAAUGCCUCUGCCAGGCUCAUCUUCAUUACUCUUCACUCUUCAUCUGCUGCACCUCCUUGCCAAUCCCUUCACUGGCUUCCUCUUGCCUCCAGAAUAAAACACAAAAUUCUCACUCUGACAUACAAAGCCCUCAACUGCACUGCUCCCCCUACAUCUAAGACCUUGUCUCCAGAUACUCUCCCGUCCCCUUCGCUCUGCUCACAACCUCCUAUUCUCCUCCCCUCUUGUUACCUCCUCACAUUCCCAUUUACAGGACUUCUCCAGACUGGCUUCCGUCUUGUGGAACCCUCUGCCUUGCUCCACAAGACACUCCCCUAAUUUUGAAAGCUUCAAGUGCUCCCUAAAGACUUUACUGUUCAGGGAUGCAUACAACCUACACUAACCUUUCCUAAUCCCAGUUCCUCUCCUCCAUUGCUUUCCCCUUGAACCCCCUUAGCAUGUAAGCCUUAGAGCCCUACUGUUUGCAAGUUACCUUCAUAAGAGCUGACUACAAAAGUGCAACUAACGGCAGGGCCCUCUACCUAUUUUAUCCCUAUAAAUGUUACCUUGUAUAUCGCCUAUGUUUAUAGCGCUGCAGAAUCUGUUGGCGCUCUAAAAAUAAAUAAUAAUAAUAAAACUAAACUGCGCAAACAUGAUAGCAUUUUUCUCAAAUGCGCUAACCCAACAUAAAAAUCUUAAUAUAUUACAUUCUAUAUAUAUAUAUAUAUAUAUAUAUAUAUAUAUAUAUAUAUAUAUAUAUAUAUAUAUAUAUAGCUAUAGAUAUAUACAGAUAUAUAUAGCAAUAUCUAUUUAAUAUUACAUAGAACAUUGGAAUGUGAAAUAUUUACAGUAAACACACAAUAUAACACUUUAUUAAAAAUGAAUAUUGAAUAAAUAUGCUUUAACAUAUUUUCAUCUACUUGACUGCAAAGGGCUCCAAUGCACUUUUAUAUACGUGUCUAUAUAUCUAUACAUGUGUAUUUAUCUGUUUAUAUGUGUAUAUAUGCCUGUAAAUACAUAUAUACCCAUAUAAAUACAUAUGUACACACAUAUAGACAUAAAUAUAUGUAUGUAUCUAUCCCUAUGUUAAAGCCCUUUAUAACUUGUUAUAACUUGCUAUAACUUGUUUUGAGCAAUAUUUAUAUAUUUUUUUAAUAUUGUUUAUUAGAUAGUGUUAUUAUGAGUGUAUUUGUACUUUAUAAUGUAUUUUUUAUGUGUUUUGUGACACUUUUAUGUUUCACGUAACAGUUAACCAGAGCUCUGAGGUUGUGGUAAUCAUUCUAGCGUAAAUCACAAUUACGCUCACGCAUUCGCAUUUACUUUCAACUGGUAAUGCGAGUGCUCCUUCCGACGCACACAAACAGCCACAAUAAACCCGAUAUUGCCCAAAGUGUUUAUUCAAAGUAUCAGCUGAUAUUAAAGAUUAAGAUGUCACUUAAAGGGACACUAAAGCCAAAUUUUUUCUUUCGUGAUUCAGAUAGAGCAUGAAAUUUUAAGCAACUUUCUAUUUUACUCCUAUUAUCAAAUUGUCUUUAUUCUCUUGGUAUCUUUAUUUGAAAUGCAAGAAUGUACGUUUAGAUGCCGGCCCAUUUUUGGUGAACAACCUGGGUUGUCCUUGCUGAUUGGUGGAUAAAAUCACCCACCAAUAAAAAAAAGUGCUGUCCAGAGUACUGAACCAAGAAAAAAAGCUUAUGUGCCUUCUUUUUCAAAUAAAGAUAGCAAGAGAACAAAGACAAAUUGAUAAUAGGAGUAAAUUAGAAAGUUGCUUAAAAUUGCAUGCUGUAUCUGAACCACGAAAAAAUAAAUUUGGGUUCAGUGUCCCGUUAAGGUAUGUUGCAAAUACAAAAGCUAGCACUGGAAAACAAAUGUGACACAGGCACUUAUAUCAAGAGCACUUAAAGCACAGGUAUUAUAAUGUUUACACAUAAAAUGACACUUUAUCCAAAAUGCUCAACACAUUGAAAAUGAUUGUUGGAAUACUGAUAUGUAAUAUGUGUAUAGUUCUGGAAAACUAUUUUUUGAAUAAAAUUUCAUGCUCUGAUAA